AUGGAGCCUUACGCUUCGAACUCGAUGACACAGAAAAGGUUCUAUCUGGCGCUACUGAAGCCUGCCAUACUCCAGGCCCUGCGCGCACAAGGCUACUACUCAUGCCGGCCUACGGUCCUCGACUUCUUCACCGAGGUCGUGGCCGACUACAUUUACAACACGGCCGUGGCCACGCGAAAAGCCAUGGAGCACAACCACCCCGAAGACCCCCAGGUCACCCUGCCCGACCUCCGCCAGGGCCUCGAGUACGUGGGCGCAUUUGCGUGCGACGAGAACAAGCGCGAGGACCGUGACUUUGACGGCGACCCCGAGCUGCGCGGCAUUGAAAAGUUCAAGGAGUGGUUUGAUGGAAAACAGAAUCAGAGAAUCACCAGAAUCGCCGAGGCCUUUACUCAGAAUGGCCUCCUUCUCGAGGCCGCUCCUCCCGAGGAGGGCAAGAAGGUCGAGCGACCUCCCAUCGACUACCUGAGUCAACUGAAGCAGAAGCACAGCAAGAACGAUGACUCUAGGUAUGCUAGCACCAUUCUGGGAAAGCCCAGCGACCACGGUGAGGUCUUAGUCGAAGGCGGUCCCGUCUCGAGUAUCGACGAGUGGCGGGACAUGAUGUUUCAGCGCAAUCAGCGACCGCGGGAGCCCACGCCAGACUCCCGGCCACCCAGUUCCGGGCUCAGUUCGCUCGAUGAGGGAGAUGUCGAGAUGCUGGACCUUUAG